UGAAUUGAAAUAUAUAGAUAUAGCCUAUAAAAUAGUAUAUGAAAUGGAGUUUGAUGUCGAAGGAUUAUGCUGGUGGAAGAAAAUAUUUGGGUUCUAUUUAAGUGUUCACCGUAUUAUUUUAACCCAGAGUUAUGUCCCCUAUAAUAGCUCUUCAGCUGUUUCCACAGCAACGAGAGAAAUGCCAUCAUGGCUGACAAAUUUCAGAAAAAAUAUGUUUAUUUGACUUUUUCCUAAAAUGCAUACUUAAAGAAAUAAAUAUUUAGUAUUAAAACCCAUGAGAUGAAUGGGAAUUGAUUAGGAAAAAUUAAUUACAAUAUCAAUGUUAUUUAUCAACAGUGCGUGUUGGCGAAAACUCAUCGUCAGGCUUCACUGACUCAGUGACUGCUGUCGAGUGAAGUCUGUUCACCCGUUUCCUUUACUUGUAGCAGUCAUAGGAACAGUGACAAUUUAGUCAUUCCCCUGCUUGUCCCUUUAAUUUGGAAACCGAACAGUCUUGAAGUCUUGGUAAAGAAGGAAGAAGUAUAACUGCAGGUUAACUUGGUGUUCAAUAAUUACUCGAGUUCAAGAUGGCUUACAAAUUUGUGGGCAGUAGACAGCUGAAGUGUCUAUUGAAUGAUGCUGAGCAAAAACAGAAAAAGGACAUUUUUGAUUACACAGGGGGUCACUUAAAUGCAGCAAGUCUUAAACAACCUGCUGAGAUCUUAGCCCAGCAAAGAGGAUGGAAGACAUCGGCAUUAGAACCGGAUGUUACGGCAUCUAUAGAAUCAGAAAGAAGCCCAAAUAAAAGAUUUCAAUCUAAAAGACAGGAUAUGAGUGAAGUUUUAUAUCAGUUUAGUGUAGGUACAACUGGUAGUGUUCCAAAUAUAAAGCGUAAAAGCACAGCCCCUCAAAAACUUCUGUACCUUAGGGAUAUAAACUCUAAAAACUCUGCUUCUAAAGAUGGGAAAAAAGGUUACAUUGAAGAUUCUGUGUUCAUUGAGGAACUGGAUAAUCAAGAAUUGUAUAUGCCAUCUGCUAGAAGUUAUACUUCUGUUGAUGGUGUUGAGGAUAUCCAGGAGGAUAAAAGUCCAACUAAAACUUUCCAGCCUACGAACCAUCAUGACAAGCCACCAUUUAGAAACAACUUUUUACCUGUUCAGACAGCUGGUAUAACAAAACAAGAUCAGUAUAGAUCGUCUAAAAUGUUUGAAUCUAAUAUUAUUAAUAAGAAGGCUUCUUUAGAACAGAAGGUCCUGUCUGGUAAUCAAGCUGUUGUGCAUCAUGAAAAUAAUUUAAAACAGGGAUUAUCAACAAUGAAAUUUAGAGGUCAUGGUCCUAAUUUCCAUAGGCUACAGGUAUACAGUAAUGUAUUUGAAGAUAUUGUUGAUGAGAGUCCUAUAUUCCAACACAUUUUACGAAAUGUUAAGACAGCGUAUGAUGCAUAUAUCAGUAAAUUGUUAGACACCCAGACAGCUAAACAUCAAUUAUUACAUGAUCAAAUAGAACAGAUGACAGAAAGUGGAACAUCAAAACCCAAACAAUUACAACAAAUUAAAAAUAAUGUCGAUGAUAUGGAAUUGGAAGGAAAAUGGUUACUGGAAGAAAAUGACCGAUUACGGGAAGCUUUAAGAGAAGAAGGUGACUUAUUUUCAUUAGCACCAGAACAAGAACUUCUUCCCAAGAAGAUGAGUGUAUUUAAGGAUGACAUACCUGCUGAAUUAACAGAAGAAUUAGAACAUUAUAAAGCUUUAAUAUUAGAGAAAUUAGAUGCUUUGAAGAGUUUAAGAACUGCAUUACGUGAUGAUCAUGUACCAUUGACUGUGUGUACACAUUUAGAACAAUGUAUUAAGGAAACAGAGAUUGAAGUUCAGAAACUAUUAAAACAGAAUGAAUAUUUUGAGAAGAGUAUUGCGGAUAUGGAACAUGAUUUAAAAGAAGCUAUAAUAGAUGCGGAUACAAGUGAAAAGGAUGCCAGGAGAAUAUGGAGAAAAAUAAAUUCAACAAGAGCUCAACCAGGAGAGGAUGAUGAAGAUGAAGGCAAAUGGAAUUGGUAUAUUUCAUAAAUAAAUACCAUCUUUAACUAUGUCUGGCUUACUAAAACUGUGAAAUUGUUGAAAUUGUACAUUAGGAAGUAACACUUCAUUGAUAUUUUGUUAAUUAAAUUCUUGAUCAUGUCCUCAGUAAUUAUUGAUCACAGACUCGGUAAAGAUACAUUAUAUGAGAUAAGAUAAAGAGAUUGCAGUUCUCGCUAUAAUAGUUAAAAACUAGAUAGUGUAAAGGUAAUUUGCUGGAAAUUUCAGUCAAAUUGAUCCACUAUGAGUCGAGAAAGAAGCGGGUGAAAUUUUUGCAUAGUCUCGGUCAUCAUUACUAAAAUCAUUAAUAUAAACAGCAUAGUCUCGAUUAUCCACUUUUUCUGAUUUAAUUAUCAAUAGCCGUUAGCGGCAUAUAGGAAUCUAAUCCAGCCAACAUCGAAAGCUUGCCUUGACAUUGAGAGUUUAUUAUGGUCUGGAUAAGUUAAUUAAUGUAUAAUUGAUAAUUUUGAUAACAUUUCAGAAAUAUACUUGUAAUAAGCAGAUUUUGCUCUUGCAUAAUGCAUGUUUAAUUAUUGAUUAUAUACUGAGUAAUGGAUCACAUACUCAUUAAUUAUUGAUUAUAUACUCAGUAAUUAUUGAUUAAAUACUCAGUAAUUAUUGAUUAUAUACUCGAUAAUUAUUGAUCAUGUCCUCGGAAAUUAUUGAUUAUAUACUCGGUAAUUAUUGAUUAUAUACUCAAUAAUUAUUGAUUAUAUAUUCGGUAAUGAUUGAUUAGGUACUCAGUAAUUAUUGAUUAUGUACUCAGUAAUUAUUGAUUAGGUAUUCAGUAAUUAUUGAUCAUGUACUCAGUAAUUAUUGAUCAUGUGCAUCAAAAUAUGAUGGGUGCAUAUUGUUGGUAUUCAGUUAGCUGUCAUUCUGUGAAGAUAAAGUAUAAAAUUUAAGUUUUUCCUUGGUCAGAUAUUAAAAUAAGUUAUAUUCGUUUAAAUACUGUAUGGGGAAAGCAUGCCAAAAUCUUGUUUUUGAUUUAAUUUUGUUUUUAAUAUCUGUUCUUUUAUUUAUUAAUUUUUAAGGCAACACAAAGUUAAUUGUUAAAUGAAAUUGUAAUAUGAGUGUAUAUGAUGGUGUCUAUGUUUUUAUUACUUAGUCUAUAUAUAAAUAUUAUUUGUUACUAUUGUACAAUAUAUACUAUUUAAUACAAAGGUGUGAUUUGUUUUUUUUCAUUCACUUGAUUGAAGAAUAGCUUGUUGUUAUGUUAAAUUUCACCCUCUGGUACCCACAAAUUGUAGUUCGUCUAUUUAUAGAAAUCACUCCUUUCUCUCUCGUUUCUCCCCUUUUGCAUGCCCAUUUUUGUUGAUUUUUUGGUCUAGAAU